AUUACUGCUAGUUGUUAUUGCGUGGAGGGGCUUUUGGUUUUGUGCUAGCUUAAAUUCUGAUUUUAAGGAAUUGGUUUCUUCUGGUGUACAUGAUUAGCAGCAAAUGGGUUCCUGCCCCUGUUUUGGUUCCAGGAAAGGGAAGAAACUCAAGUCCCAAACCAACAAUUGCAACCCUCAAUUGUCUCUUCGAACAAAAACAGGAGGUAAUAUGAUUGGUUCAAAGAAAGAAAUGGGAUCAAGAGAGGCAGCAUCCACUCCACAAAACGAGUCUACUUCUGGUCAUGGUGUUCCAAUAUUUUCCUAUCUGGAACUUGCAAAGGCAACAGAAAAUUUUAGCAACAAAUCUUUGAUCGGGCGAGGUGGAUUUGGGGCUGUUUAUCGAGGGCAACUAGAAAGUACCGGUCAGGUUGUAGCUGUUAAACGGCUAGAUAAGACUGGUUUCCAAGGAGAUAAGGAGUUUCUGGUGGAGGUUCUUAUGCUUUCGCUUUUGCGUCACCCUAACCUUGUGAGUUUGAUUGGUUAUUGUGCUGAAGGAGAUCAGCGGCUUCUUGUCUAUGAGUACAUGCCCCUGGGUUCCUUGGAAUACCACCUUCAUGAUCUUAAGCAUGAUCAGAAACCUUUGGACUGGAACACGAGAAUGAAGAUAGCUGCUGGUGCAGCUAAAGGACUGGAAUUUCUGCAUAAUGGAGCAGAUCCUCCUGUUAUAUACAGAGAUUUAAAAUCUUCCAACAUAUUAUUGGAUGAGGGCUUCCACCCAAAACUCUCUGAUUUUGGACUUGCCAAAUUUGGUCCAAGUGGAGAUAAAUCACAUGUUUCAACCAGAAUAAUGGGGACUCGUGGUUACUGUGCUCCAGAGUAUAUGAACAGUGGCAAAUUGACAAUGAAGUCUGACAUAUUUAGUUUUGGGGUUUUUCUGUUGGAGCUGAUUACUGGUCGAAAAGCACUUGAUGACACCCGCGAUCGUGAUCAACGCUCCAUAGUUGAUUGGGCACGCCCUCUGUGGAAAGACAGCAAGAACCUUGCACCACUAGCUGAUCCACUGCUGGAAGGCCAGUUCUCUAAAUCGACUUUUAAGAGGGCUAUAGAAAUUGCAAUGUUGUGCACCCAAGAAAAUGCUAAUGGCCGCCCUUCCACCAGCGAACUGGUGAAUGCUUUAGAUUUCUUGGCAUCCCAACCAUAUAACCCAAAUGAAGACAAAAGAGUGGGUAACAAGAAUCCUGUGAAUGAUGAAUAUUCUCCGGAGAAAACAAGUAAGAUGUUAGACAGAGAUUUAGAAAGAGAACGAGCUGUUGCUGAUGCUAAGAUGUGGGGAGAAACUUGCAGAGAGAAAAGACAACAGCAAGGUGCAGAGAGUAACGCAGAUGGGAUAAACAGGUAACAAUAGAUGGAUCAUGGAUGUCACACCAUUCAUCUUGUUAAUGAAAGAUGGAUAAAUGAAGUUGAGGGUGGAGCAGGGCAGGCAAUUGUUUUGAAGAUACUCGGAUAAGUUGAAAUGGCAUGGUAAUUGGUAAACAACAUACUAAGGUUACUAUUGAGAUUGUUGCUACAGAGAGACAUUGCCAAUGCCAAUACCAAUACCAAUAGAAUAGGUGUUUUUAGACAAUUCUUUACUGUUAGAGUUGGAGUUUUACUAUUGAAUAAUUUGGUGCUUUUAUUCUAUUUUUCUAUGUUAUGUUUGUUGGUGAUUGGUGAUUAAAAAUUUUGUUAAUGG